AUGGUCGCUGCUGUGGAGGAUCUGAAGCACGAGAUCGUGGCGCAGACGUUGGCCAUCGCCCAGCUCAAGACAAACAUUGAAGAUGUCAAGGGCUUCAAGGGCAAGCUUGGUGCUGGGGACAAGGUUCAGAAGGUUAAAGCCAUUGUGAAGUGGUUCUUCGUGGCUAAUGUAGUUGUCCUGCUCUUCGGCUUAGUGGUCGCCAUGUCUGCCAAGUGA